UUUGAUAAAGUAUGUAAACAAGUUGGCUAGUUAACAACGGCUUGAUAAAGAUGCAACUUAGAGAGCACAUUCACAAAGCGAAAGCAUUUUUAAAUGCUUAGUGAAUUUGCAUCAAAGUCGAGGAUCCCAACGUAAAUAAAGUUCAUAAUGUCUACAAAUGAUAUCGAUUGUGUACAACAGAAGGAUGUUCAGAUAGUAACGGAACAUAAAAGAAAAUCUUGGUGCGAAAUGGCUUUGGGGUGGGUGCAAUGUUUUUCAUCUCCAAAGUUCUUUGUUUUUAUACCUUAUGAAACACCUAUUGUUCAAGCUAUCAAGGAUGAGUUCCGGAACCACUUUAAUUGUGAGUUCGUCAAGGAGGAGGAUCUCUCUGUUAUCAAGCGACCCCUGAUCGCUAUUUGCCUUGUAUCUUCAAGACUUGAAUCGGAUCUGGAAUAUGUCCUGAAAAAACUUCAAAGUCAACAUGAGUUUGCAGUUGUUGUAAUGAAUUUAUUAACAGAGGAUGCACUGCCGCGGUCGUCAGUCAAAUCAAGAGUUGAUCUAGACUUUGCUGAUAAAUAUGAACACAUUACAUUUAUUGAUGCAGCUUUUACAAACCAAGAUCUUAUGUAUUUUUGCAAAAUGAACACCCAGGCAAAGCAAGAAAUAUCUUCUUAUAUAACAAAUCAAAGUCGUAAAAUAUAAUUUCAUAUUUAUUCAUUAUUAUAUUAAAUCAGAUUUGAUUUGUCCUGAUGUUAGAUCUAAAAACAUCAUAUUAUAAUGUUCAAAUUUUUCAGACAGACAUGUACAUUUUAUCAAGAAGCAACAUAAAAUGAGAAUUUCACAGAAAAACCCAUAAUUUGCUGAUAGCCGUAAACUAUCUUUGUUGCUCGUCAUAUGCACAAUUUUUUUAAAAGCAGUGUUCUUAAAACGCGCGUUUCGAAAAUACUUAAAAAAAUGAUGUAUAAGCCUUAAUUGUGAAAUGAAUUUUGUCACACAAAGGUGCAGAAGUUCGGCAUUUUAUACUAAAAUUCAUAAAAAUGAGGCAACUCUUCCAAGGAGAUAUUUUUUAAAUAUUAUCAUCUCAUACAUUCUUAAAUACUAGUAUUAUAUACAUUAGCAUACCACAAGCAAAAUCUUUACGCCAAAUUGAAAAAAGAGACGAAUAAAAGGUGCGAAGGUGUUUAAGAAUUGUUUGGUUAAGUCAUCGUGCACCUUUAUUUGAUAUACAUAUUUAUUCUAUGAUUUUGAGUGGAUAACUGAUAUAUCCGUGAAAAUUAUCAAAACAUUAUGUCAUAUUUUUCUAUGAAGACACUACUUUUUAAAAAGUAUUCCCACGUGGAACCUCAAUUGUAUUUUUGCUUUCCAUUCCGACAUUGUCUGGGCUGUUUAAAACAAAUAAAAGCUGAAAUUAAUAAAGAAUUAAAUUUCAAACGUACAUGUAAUAAAAAAAUAUAUUCAGUUCA